CUGAUGAAUUUUAACAAUACUGAACGCUGCCUCUGGAAUUCAUGUCCAGAGAGAUCGCUGUCUACUGGAAUAUACACUUUGCUUUAUUUUUGUGAAGCGGUUGUUGUUCUUCUGACAGUAUGUGGGAAUCUACUCAUCGUCAUCUCUGUGUGUCACUUUAAGCAGCUCCACACACCAACUAACAUGCUCAUCCUCUCUCUGGCAAUGUCAGACUGCCUGGUUGGAGUCUUUGUGAUCCCUGCAGCAUUAACCUGGAUGAUUGAAUCAUGUUGGCUUUUUAGUGCAUUGUACCGUAUGUGUUUUACAUUCAUGUCUUUUUUUCUCACAACCAUGUCAAUAUUUAAUGUUGCUCUUAUUGCUGUUGAUCGGUAUCUUGCUCUCUCUAAACCUUUUAUGUACAACAAAACAGUUUCAGUGAGCAAAAUGUGCAUUGUACUUCUAUCUUUCUGGAUUUUAUUGUUUUUUUAUAAUAUAGUACUUCAGUAUUACAUUGGCAGCUUUGAUGGUCCUGUAAUGUGUCUUGGAAACAGCUACUUUAUCUGGUCUAUGGUUGACCUAGUGUUGACUUUUGUUUUACCAUGUGCUGUAAUAAUUAUAUUCUAUGGUCUAGUUUUCUUUAUUGCCAAGAAACAUGCUACUGCUAUAAGAGAUCUUAAUAGUCAGACCAGGACUCAGACCUCAAAGAACAUGUCAGACUCAAUGAAAUCUGAGAGAAAAGCAGCAAAGGUUCUUGGCAUUUUAGUAUCUGUGUUUUUGGCAUGUUUAUUUCCUUACUUUGUUUACACUGUAUUAGGUAAUGUCAUAGAAAUUGAAGAAAAACAAUUACAGCAACUCUUGAUGUUGGUUUAUCUUAAUUCUUCCAUUAAUCCAGUGAUUUAUGCUUUGUUUUAUCCAUGGUUUAGAAGAUCUGUUAAAUUAAUUUUAACUCUUCACAUAUUCUACACUGACUCCACACUGAUAAAUGUUCUUUGA